AUGACGACUGUGGCAGUGACACGUGGCGGGCCUCAAGCCGCAGUAGCUCUAGCGGCCUGCGCGGCGGCCGGUACGGCCUGCCUCGUGUGGGCCCUCCGCGGUCGUUACUUGCAGGUUUUCCUCGGAACGGAUCCCGAGAAAGGCGGUGGAAAUGGCGGGAAUGGAGGGAAGGAACGGCAGGGAGUCACGCUGACGUCACUGAACCACUUGAUCGCGCUGACGGGUGACAGCUGGCACUCCUCGCUACAGCGGCUCGCGAUUGGACAGAUGGUUAUCGGCUUGAAGCUCACCAACGAGCCCAGACUCGCCGCCAUCCCCUCGCCGCUGCCUGACUCGCUCGCCAUGCUGGCAUCUCUGCGUGACGUGGACCUGUCGGCCAAUGGGCUUUCGACAUUCCCCGACGCCCUGCUGUCCGUUCCUGAGCUCAAGAAGCUCAAUCUGUCAAGAAACAAACUUACGAGUCUUCCUCAGCCAAUUCGCCGGCUCUCCCACCUGGAGCACCUGGACUUGGGCCGAAACCACCUGUCAGGUGUUCCUGAGGAGAUCGGGCACCUGACGAAACUCCUGACGCUCAACCUGAUGUGCAACCAGUUGGAGAGCCUACCUGACAGCAUCGGGCGGCUCACGAGGGUUUUCCGCCUGGGACUCAAGAGCAACAGGCUCAGCGCCCUGCCCUCAUCAACAGGCGGCAUGACCUCUCUCGUGGAGCUCUACCUCACAGACAACCGCCUCACCGCCCUGCCGGACUCCAUCGGCUGCUGCACCAACCUCGUCAAACUUCAGGCCUCUUUCAACGAGCUGUACGCCCUGCCAGAUACAAUCGGCCAUCUCUCCCGCCUGGAACUGCUCCGUCUCGCUGCCAACAACCUGCACGCCCUGCCCUCCUCCCUCGCGCUGCUCCCCCGCCUGGCAUGGCUGUCCCUCGCCAGCAACCCCCUCUGCCCGCCACUGCCGCCGCACCACGAGGGCGUGGAGGAUAUUCCCUUUGGAGACCUGCAGCUGGGGAGGAAGCUGGGCGACGGCGCCAGUGGCGAUGUCUAUGCGGCGGUGUGGCACGGGCACGAGGUGGUGUUCAAGCAGUUCAACAGCGAGACCAGCCCGGACGGGCGGGCAGUGGAUGAGAUCGCCAUGACCGCUGCUGUCGACCACCCCCACCUCGUGCAGGUGCUGCCUGGGGGAGGUCGAGGCAACAGUGGAGCAGCCGCAUGGGCUGGUCAUGCGGCACGCUCUGCUCAUCUUCUGCUCCACACACCCAUUCCCCCAACCCUUCUCACUCCCCACUUCACCCCCCUUGUGUUCCUCUCCCUUCCUCUCACCACCCCUGCCUGUCAGGUCGAGGCAACAGUGGAGCAGCCCCACGGGCUGGUCAUGCGGCGUGUGUUUGGCAGGUGGGUGCAGGGGAAGGUGGUCGCAGGGGGGAUGGGAAGUGGGCGUAAGGGGAGGGCCAUGGCGGAUCCACCCAAUGGUGAAUCCCUGCGGCGCUGCCGCUGGCCCCCCACUGCCUGCUACCUACUCACGCUCGCCUCUAUGUGGAGUGUGCUCACAUCCUCCCAUCUCUCUGCCCCUCCAAUCCACUCGCUCAGGGCCAUGGCGGAUCCACCCAAUGGUGAAUCCCUGCGGCGCUGCCGCUGGCCCCCCACUGCCUGCUACCUACUCACGCUCGCCUCUUUGCGGAGUGUGCUCACAUCCUCCCAUCUCUCUGCCCCUCCAAUCCACUCGCUCAGGGCCAUGGCGGAUCCACCCAACGGUGAAUCGCUGCUGCGCUGCCGCUGGCCCCCCUCCGCUUCCUACUCGCUUGCCACAGUGCUGAGUGCUGCACACUCAGCUCGUUUGCCACAGGCCAUGGCGGAUCCCCCCAAUGGUGAAUCGCUGCUGCGCUGCCGCUGGUCCCCCACCGCUUCCUACUCGCUCGCCACAGUAGUGGCCGUGGGGAGGGGCCUGGCGUCGGCUUUAGAGUGGAUGCAUGCGCGGGGGUGGGCGCAUGGGGAUGUGUAUGCUCACAACGUUCUUGUGGAUGAUAAGGGGUUCGCUGUGUUGUGUGACUAUGGUGCAUCCUUCCCCUACCCUCGUCACAGUCCCAUCCCCUUUGAAUCACACGAGGUAAGGGCACUCGCCCUGUUGCUCCAAGGCCUCUGCACGCGCCUCUCAGUCCCCGAGACAACAGCAGAGCUUCAGAGCCGAGAGCAGCUGGGGCGGCUGAUCGAGACGUGCGUGGGAGGAACUGCUAAGGAGAGGCUUAGUUUUAGAGAUGUUGGUGAGCAGCUGGCUGUAAUUUCGAGGAGCCAUGUGUGA